AGGGCAAAGGCCAUGAUUGAGAUAAUUGGCCUCCUGACACAAUGUCAUGAUUGAAACUUACACACACGCCACUGCCCUUUUCUCUCUUCUUUCUAUAUAAUCUCCCGCUCCCACUCCUCCAAACCCACCAUCCUCAUAACUCCUUGUCUCUCUCUCUCUUUCUCUCUCUCUCUCUCUCUCUCUCUGUCGUUUCAAACCAAACCCCAAGCCAGGAAACCCUCUGCCUUCUUUUUCUUCUUCUUCUUGGCUAUACGCAUACGAACUUCUUUUCUAAUAUAUACCUGUACUUGCAUAUAUAUAUAUAUAUAUAUAUAUACACACACACACGCAGACAUUACUAUUUGUUUCUCUACUUCUUGUUGGUAAACCAGGAAGAUGACGGUUGAGAAAGAAGAUUUGGGUUUGAGCUUAAGCUUGAGUUUUCCUCAAAAUUACAAUUCUUUGCAGCUUAAUCUCAUGCCUUCACUUGUCUCAUCUUCUGUUAUUUCUCAAAAACCCUCAUGGAAUGAUACCUUCCAUUCUUCAGAUCCAAAUUCUGAUUCGUGCCGCGCCGAUACGAGGUCAUUCCUGCGAGGAAUCGAUGUGAACAGGCUGCCUUCAACAGCCGACUGCGAAGAGGAAGCGGGUGUCUCAUCCCCGAACAGCACUAUAUCGAGUGUAAGCGGAAAGAGAAGCGAAAGGGAAGGGAAUGGAGAGGAACACGAAAUGGAGAGAGAUUGUUCUCGUGGAAUCAGUGAUGAGGAAGAUGGCGAUACCUCAAGAAAGAAGCUCAGGCUCUCUAAAGAUCAGUCUGCUAUUCUUGAAGAGAGCUUCAAGGAACACAACACUCUCAACCCAAAGCAAAAGUUGGCAUUGGCCAAGCAGCUGGGCCUGAGACCCAGACAAGUAGAGGUGUGGUUUCAGAACAGAAGGGCAAGGACCAAGUUGAAGCAGACUGAGGUUGACUGUGAGUUCUUGAAGAGAUGCUGCGAGAAUCUAACGGAAGAAAACAGACGGUUGCAAAAGGAAGUUCAGGAACUGAGAGCACUGAAACUCUCCCCACAGUUCUACAUGCAAAUGACCCCACCUACCACCCUCACCAUGUGCCCUUCAUGUGAGCGUGUUGCGGUCCCACCAUCCGCAUCAUCAACCGUCAAUCCUUCUCAUCCGCGGGCCCACCCACAGAUCGGCCCCACUCACCACCACAGGCCUAUCCCGAUCAACCCAUGGGCCCCAGCUGCAGCUCCGUUUGAUGCCCUGCGUCCUCGGUCGUGAUCAACAACCGUAAACAAGGACAUUUUGGUCAUUGGGACAUGACACAAAAAAAAAUUAUAUAUUUUAAUGAUAAAAGGUUGCUGGAAUGUGUACUGUACGAAGGGGGGGGAGGAAAUAGUUGUAAUAGCGUAACCUCAUGCAUGUUUUUCUUGUGUUAAAAGUCUUAGGUCUAAGAUAUGGUGGUUGUGAGGGUGAUUUGGUGGGUCUCCAUGUUUUGUAUUAUUGACCCAUUAUCAGAUCAGUCUCCAUGAGAAGGGUUGACAUAUUAGAUUAAUCUUUUUUAAUGCUUAAUCAAAUACUCCUUUCUCCCUA